AAAGCCCCUCCAAAGAAAAAAGCACCCACACCAGGAUCGCCACCGCCACCGCCACGAAAACCUAUCGUUCUUCUCAUGAAUGAAACCCGCGUGAAAGUCGUGUGGACUGUCAUCACUAUCGCUAUAAUAACCUUAAUUGGCGUGGCAAUCGGGAUGGGUGUUUCCUAUCGCAAGCUGAAAACAGCACCUAAAGAUCCUCGCACAGACCCAUUGAUCACGCUAAGGAGCACAAUGGCUGCCUCACUAAACCGUCCUAAGAUCAAUUCCGAAAAUGCCAUGCAGGUAGCAGAAGAAGUGAAGACAUUGCCAGACCUUUUAGAAGAGGCUGAAAAGGCCUACAAGAAACGGAAACUGAAGUACCAAUCCUUCUUCCUUAAAGGUGGGAAGUCUUCGGGUAGGUGGGAUGCUUUCGGGAGGAAUCUCUACUACAUUUCAAAAGGAAAAAAGAGCUGGUAUGAUGCUGAGAAUUUCUGCGAGUCCAGAGAUGCCCACUUGGCCUCCAUCCUGACCGAUGAAGAACAGAACUUUGUCACUUCCCUGCUCAGUGACCCCACUUGGAUAGGCCUUACAGAUGAAAUGGAGGAAGGCAAAUGGGAAUGGACAGAUGGCUCCCGAUUUAAAAAAGAGUAUUGGUCUCACAACCAGCCUCCCCACAGACAGCAAAACAGAGAAAUAGAGGAGGACUGUGUCUCCAUCGUGCCUGCGAGUAACAAAUAUAACUGGAAGGAUGCCUACUGUCAUGAAGAGCGCAGAUGGGUUUGCAAGGAAAACCUGGAUAUCGAAGAACUGUAAAGUUGGGGGAACCAACGCUUGUGUGAAGACAGAAUGCUUUGCAUUUCGCCAUCCAACCCCAUGGAAAGCCUUCAGAGCUACAGAAUAAACAUAAAGCACCGUUCCUUUAGCUGCCUGAAACCAAGAGAGAUUAGAGUGUGCUUUGUUAUUAUCUGUUGGCUGUGGUGAUCUGUUUCUCAGGUGAUGGGUACCUGGAAACUGGUGCCUACUGGACCUGGCAGGGCUGCUAGCAAGUCACAGAGCAUGACCA